GCGAGCAGCGGCGCGAGUGUGACGUUGCUCUCUGCAUCAUUGCCGUCGAAAAUGGCGUCGAGUUCGGAGCUGCUGGAAUACUCGUUCCCGAUGAAGCGUCGGAGGCUCGAUGGCGAUGAUCGGGAGACGGUCGGCGCGGCCACGGGGGAACCGCGGCUCGACGAGGCCCUGCGCGACAGCCCGCACGACGAGCUCGAAGAAAUACUUGGUGCAGACAGUGGAUUUAAUGAACUGAGCGACGAAUCCAAAUCUACAGUUAUAUCUCCCGCAAUUACAAAUCUAACAUCACCAUCAUCUAGAAUCGAUUCUGCUAGUAAUGGUGCUAGUUGCAUAAAUGAUACUACAGACGAGAAAGACGAGAUGUCCUCCACAGUCUCAAAUUUAUCAGACUUAUCAGGUUUGUCUGAUCUUUCUGGAGAUGCAGAAGUCAAUCAUCAAUGGAGAAACGCUUCUUCGUGGAUUCAAAAGCAGAUGUUAACAGGUGCAGAUCCAAGGGAUCUCCUACAUCACCUUCUUAUGGAUUCUACAAUGAUUCCUGAGCAAGUUGAUGAUCUCACAUUAUGGAAGAUUAUAAUCAAUAUGAUGUCGGAACCUCCGAGACGGCAAAAACUUAAACAUAUAAAUACCGUGUCGGAUGCGGUACGAUUAAUUCGCAAUAGCAAGAAAAUUAUAGUCUUAACUGGUGCAGGCGUUAGCGUCAGUUGUGGCAUUCCUGAUUUUAGAAGCAAAGAUGGUAUUUAUUCAAGACUAGCGCAGGAUUUUCCAGAUUUACCAGAUCCACAGGCUAUGUUUGACAUAAAUUAUUUUAGCCAAGAUCCCAGGCCGUUUUUCAAAUUUGCAUGCGAAAUAUAUCCAGGACAAUUUAAACCCAGUCCAUGUCACAGGUUCAUCAAAAUGUUAGAGAAGCAGAAGAAGCUCUUGAAGAAUUAUUCACAAAAUAUUGACACUUUGGAACAAGUAGCGGGUAUUAAAAAUGUGAUUGAAUGCCAUGGCUCUUUUGCCACCGCGUCGUGUACAAGAUGUAAAUACCAAGUGAAAGCGGAUGAUAUUAGGGAAGAUAUCUUCGCACAAAGGAUACCUACAUGCCCGAAAUGCCGUGUUAACGCAUUGCCAUCUCUGUCCGAGAUUAAUUGCAGCGAGAAUUACCGAGAUCUGGUGUCGCAAGGUAUAAUGAAGCCGGAUAUCGUUUUCUUCGGCGAAGGACUCCCGGACGCCUUUCACGACGCGAUGGCCAAAGACAAGGACGAUUGUGAUCUUCUAAUUGUUAUCGGUUCGUCCUUGAAGGUCCGGCCGGUAGCUCUAAUUCCUUCGUCGAUUCCGCCGAAUGUACCGCAAAUUCUCAUUAAUCGGGAACCGUUGCCGCAUCUCAAAUUCGACAUUGAGCUACUGGGCGACGGUGAUAUUAUCAUAAAUCAAAUAUGCCAUUUAUUGGGCGACACUUAUAAAGAAGUCUGUUGGUACGACAAAAUCUUGAAAGAAGCCUCACAACUGGUGUCAUUGCGCUAUUUACCCGACAUGUGGGAACAGAAUCAAGAUACGACGAGCAACACCGAAGUAUCACGCGAUAGCAUAGAAGUUGAUUUUAAAUCUCAAAACGCACCCUCGACUGAAAAUCCGCUGACGACGACAAACGCAACAUCGCACCAUGAUGAAAAUAAUGACUACCUUUCGUCCUUCCAACGUACGAAAAAUGCGGAGGAGAGCUUCGGUCCUUUCGGAGAGAGCCCGAAGAGACGAUCAUCAGGUGAUACUAGUAUAGAGAACAAUUCCAAGAGGAUGAAUUUCGGUGGCACGUGCGAGUCGAAUAGCUCCAUAUCAUCUGCAAAAGUGAACGUCGAGAGUGCAAUGACCUCGUUGGAGAACAGAUUUCAUGUGGCGUCUAAAAAGAACUCGAAAGAAUGUCAGGUGGUGCCGGUGUCGUUGUCUCUUUCCUCGGAAGCAGUCAUAAACGAGAAUACUUUGUCGUAUAAAUUACUGGACAGUUGUGAAAAAUCAAACAACUAUGACGAUAUUGUAACGAUAGACGCUGUCGAAUCGGACAAAGCGAUACCGAAGCUGAGACAAGCCUCGGUAGAUUCCAUGUUGGAUUCUGGUAUAGGUGACAGUUGUAAUAGUGUCGAUAGUACGGAGGAGAAGUUCGACAUUGCCGAAUUGAAGAACAGAAGUUUGGAGAGACAUUGCUGGCAACCAAAAACUCGAGAGAGCCUCGCUAUUCGGUUACCAGAAAAUUCUUAUUACCAAUUGGCACCGGGUAGAUAUAUCUUUCCUGGCGCGGAGGUCUAUUCCGAACCUGAAGAUUACGACCAGUGCUCUCUUUCGGCAAAUUCCGAGAGCACAGACAGUGAAAGCGACUCUUCUUCGGAAGAGGAAGAAGAAGAGGACGAAGAGGAAGAGACAUGUGCGGACGACGAUCUUUCAGAAGGAGUGGACCCUGACACCGAUGGCCAAAAUAACGAUGCGACGAGUGAUUCUCACAGUGCUGCGCAGCAUUGAAUUGAAGCUACGCCCUAUUAUAUAUAAUAGUGCCUGUCUUUUAAUCAAAAGACAAAGCAAGAGUGGCGCGACAUUAAAAGAGGAAAAUUACAUUUUGUCCUAAUUGUGCGAUAAAUUGUGUAAAUGAGAUUAAUCUUAAAUGUAUUAACCUAGUUGAUAAAAAAAAUCGCGGAUUUACUGCAUCUAAUGUAGUGUUCUAAACAAAUGCAGGUUCUCUCUUUUUAGCUCUGCACAAUGGUCUCACACUCUUUAUAUUUAAUUAAAGUUAAAGGAACAAUCAUGUAUUGGAAGAAAACAAAAAGAAAUGUAGAAACUGCGACUAAAAUUAGCUCAGAAGCAAUGCAUUUUAUAAAAAAUCAUCAAUGAUGUUCUUUUUAUAUCAGAUAAUGCAUGUAAUUAUAUUUUAAGCGCACAUUACAAUUGAAACUGUAAAUCUGUAACAAUUUGGGCCACAUAGCUUUUUUUCUGCGAUCAAAAUGAAAAUAUUACUUCAAAUUUAAUUAUGCAAAUCAAAUUGUACACUAAUACUGCAUUAGACUAGUAAUAAUUAAAAAAAAUUAAAUACUAAUAUUAGUGUUAUAUUAUUACAUGCAUUGCUAUUUCUGUCGUUAUAUGAUUAAGAUUGCUAGUAUUAGUGUCGAGAUCUUCCUUCAUUACAAACUUAAUUGAAAGGAAUGGUUAAUUAAUAUAAAUGGUGUAAUUCCAUUACAAGUGGAAUAAAAUUUUUUACUUGGUUUUUUAUUUAAUUAUAAAAUAUAUAUUUACA